AUGAACGCGGACGCCGCGGCUGUAGAGGCUGAUGCCCAAGAGGCUAAGAGGGUCCAGGAUGCGCUGGACGCCGAAGCAAGUAAAGAAAAGGAGGUACCGCGACCGUCGCAACUUACCGAAGAAGAAGAGGAAGUUGAGCGGAUUCGAAGGUCAGAGGCCAAGUUCCCGGGACUUACAAAGAAAGCAGCCGCUCAAGCUGCGAAGGAUGCUGAGCGGUUGGAAAGGGAAAAACGGAGGCUGGAAGGCUUCGCAGCCGACAAAAAGAAAAAGAAAGCGGCCUCCUCCGUCUCAGCGCCGAAAAAGCGAAAGAGGGAAGCCUCAAAGAAAGCUCAAAUAGCCGACCUGCUUAAUGAGGUCACUGAAACAGUCAUCACGAGUACAUCGCAGCAGGCUACUCCAGUCGAAGAGGAUGAAGAUGAAGAGCACCUGCAGACCCGGAACAACAAGCUUGAAGCCGACCUCAAGGCGGUCACCGAGCAGGUGACUGAGUUAAUAAAGGCCAAGCUUGCUGCGGAUAAGGCAAUUGAGGAAGCGAAUGCCCUCGCGGCCCAGCACGUUCAAGAUGCGCUGGACGAAGAGACGCGGAAAAAGAAGGAGGCACCACGGUCUGAUGCGAACUUCAACGAACGCUUACGGAUAUUAACGGCCAAAAAUCCGGAACUCGCAAAAUCCAUAGCAGCUCAAGAAGCCAAGGAGGCAAAGCGGUUCAACGCUGAGAAACAAAUGUACGACGAAUAUGCCAAGGAUCACAAGAAGACCCAGGCGGCUCCCUCCUCUUCGGUUCCAGCGACACGAAAAAGGAAAACGCCCUCAAAGAAGGCUCAAGUCACCGAGAUGCUGGGCAGAAUCACCGAGACAGUUGUUGACCCUCCACUGAACCCGACUUUGCAAACCGAGGAUGACCUCAAAGAGGAUCUCGAGCCGCAACCUACAAGACAUCAAGUUUUCGAUGCAGUUCUAGUCAGAACGGUCGGUCAACCAUUCCCUCCUCACCCGGACACCAAGUGA